AUGCUGAAUGCUUCGAGGUUAGUUAAUGCUCUUCCUUCGAGGGCGUUGUGUGCCUUUAUGUCGAAGAGAACUGUUUCUAGUGCAUCGCAACUAAGAUCUCAAACGCGGUUCUGUAAUCGUUCGCGGCCCAUUCUCAGCACUGGCCAGCCCUUGUUUGAGACUAGACCAGAGCUUUUACGACCCGGUGAGCUCACUCCUGGAAUAACGGCCUUGGAGUACUUUGAAAGAAGAGCGAAACUGGCGGCUCACCUCCCGGCUAAAAGUUGCGCAAUUAUAGCCGGAGCACAGGUCAAAUAUGCAUCAGGCCCGGUUUUCUAUCCAUUCCAGCAAAACAACGACUUAUUCUAUCUCACAGGGUGGAAUGAACCAGACUCUGUGAUGAUUUUAGAAAAACCUACAAGCAAUAUCGAAGAUGUUGUGUUCCAUCUCAUCGUUCCACCAAAGGACACAUUUUCUGAACAAUGGGAAGGGGAAAGAACUGGAGCCGAAGGGGCAUGCGAGAUAUUUAACGCAGAUGAAUCAACAGAUACCCGGCAGUCGUCGGUCUAUAUCACGAAGAUCAUAAACCGAAACGAGAACAUUUACUUCGACAAACCUCAAGACAAAAUCAAUUCUAGCGCAGAAGCCUUUUUUGGUUCAUUCUUCUCUAUAUCCCACUCACCUGCUUCUGCUGACACCAUCACUAGUGUCAUCAAAAACUCCGGCAAGAAGCACGUACGCAAGUUGAAAUCCAUAAUCGCUGACCUACGAUCCAUCAAAUCACCUGCUGAAAUAAGGAUCAUGAGGAGAGCGGGACAAAUAUCUGGAAGGGCGUUCAACCAAGCGUAUGCCAAAAGAUUUCGCAACGAAAGAACGCUACAAUCAUUUCUGGACUACAAAUUCGUUGCUGGAGGCUGUGAUAAAUCUGCAUAUAUCCCCGUUGUUGCUAGUGGGUCCAAUGCGCUUUGUAUUCAUUAUACCCGCAAUGACGAUAUCUUGUACGACGAUGAAAUGGUGCUUGUUGAUGCUUCAGGCUCAUUGGGAGGUUAUAGCUCUGACAUUUCCAGAACGUGGCCGGUCAGUGGGAAAUUUUCUGCCGCCCAGAAAGAUUUGUACGAAGCCGUUUUGAACGUCCAAAGAAAAUGUAUCAGUCUCUGCAGUGCCUCCAACAUGUAUUCUCUGAAUGACAUUCAUGAGAAAAGCAUCACAUUUUUCAAAGAAGAACUCAAAAACGUCGGCGUUCCUUCUUACCAAAACUUCGACGUUUCCAGGAUAUACCCUCACUAUAUUGGUCAUAAUCUGGGGCUUGAUGUUCACGAUGUUCCCCAAAUUUCACGUUUUGCACCUCUCCGCGCUGGUCAAGUAAUUACCAUUGAGCCAGGUAUCUACAUACCUGAUGAUCAAAAAUACCCUUCCUACUUCAGAAACAUAGGAAUUAGAAUCGAGGAUGACAUAGCUAUUGGGACCGAUGGGCACACAAAUUUAACAGUUGAAGCUGCUAAAGAAGUCAUCGAUAUCGAAAAUAUUGCACAACACGGUGUUAGCACUGUUAUCGAGGAAGACGAAGUCUCUCCGCUUAAAAAUGUAAACUGA